ACGCAGUUGCCAUGGCAGCGGCCACGGAGCCAGGAUAGGGGUUUCAGAGAUCGCCGAGGCGCGCCACGGGCAGUUCCACGAGCCAGCCAGACACAGAGGCCGAAGCCGCGACGCUGGAGGCAGCAAUCUACAGAUAAGGACAGUGAAGUUCGGCGUUGGUGGAGUGCGAAUCCAAACACCGGCCAGUCUUACUCCACUAUUAGUGCAAUCGUUUGUUCUCACUCGGUGCCUUCAGUGUCCCCAGGAAUCCAGGCAAUUAACCACCUCAGGAGCUGUGAGGAUGGCACACCUGCUAGGCAGCCAGGCCUGCAUGGACAGCCUGCGCCGGGACCUCACUGACCUGCAGGGCGCCAUCGUAGAUGUGUUCUCCCGUGCUGGGCCCGUGCGCUUCCCCUCCUGGAAGUUCCCUGACCGCGUGGCCUGUGACCUCGACAUGGUGGCCCUGCUAGAGCACUAUGACCAUGUGCCAGGUGACCCCGAGUUCACGCAGCUGUCCCACGCCGUUCUGCUGGAGCUGGUCAUUGACAGGCUCCUGCUGCUACUUCAGAGCUGUGCAAGCUACUUGGAGACCCUUGGCUCAGAGCAGAUGAUGCCUUCCGCCCAGGCAGUGGGGCCCUGCAUGUCCGUGGGGCUCACAGUGCGACGCUUCUGGAACAGCCUUUUGAGGCUGGGCAUGCUCUACCAGCAGGCGGCCCCCCAGCAAAGGGAAAACCAAGGGGAAACCCCCACCUCCAAGCCCACAGCCAAGGGCAAGCCAGCCAGGAGCCCUGAACGUAUGACUACCAAGUUCAUCAAGGCCCCCUCCCCAAUGCCAAGAUUGCCCCAGACCUGCCAAGAGCCGGAGACCAUCCCUGUCAGACUCUCCCUGCAGUGUCCAGCCACAGCCGAGAACACCACAAGUGUCCACUGCCAGACCAUUGAGACGGCCCUGGUGCCCUGUGACGCAUGCACCAGCGUCCAGGGUAGCCUGCAGGAGGUGGGCAAGGUGGUCAUCAGCCUAUGUCAGAGCCAGAACUUGCCCUCGUCCUUAGGCCAGUUCCAGCAGCUGGUGCAGGACAGCAUGGGGCUCAGGCCGCUACCGGCUGCCACCGUGGGCCACUGGGCAGCAGAGCAGAGCAAGGACCUGGCACGCCUCAGUAAGCACGUGGGGGCCCUCUCUCAGCUUGUCGGGCCCCUCAGGGCCCAGCUGGAGGAGGCCGAGGGGCAGAAGGCCAGCCUGAGGAAGGAGGCGGGCAGGCUGGAGCAGGCGCUGCAGCGGGAGCAGGGAACAAGGCAGCGGCAGGCGGAGGAGGCCAAGCAGCGCCUGGCCGAAUGGGAGCACGACAAGCAGCAUCUGCUCACAGAAACCGGUGACCUAAAGACAAAGGUGGCCACCCUGGAAAGGAAACUGAAGCAGCAGCAGGAGUCCACACAGGCUGUGGAGGCGAAGGCCCAGCAGCUGCAGGAGGAAGGCGAGCGCAGGGCGGCGGCUGAGAGGCAAGUACAGCAGCUGGAGGAGCAGGUGCAGCUGCUGGCGGGGCGGCUGGAGGGGGCCAGCCAGCAGAUCUGCUGGGCCAGCACGGAGCUGGACAAGGAGAAGGCCCGCGUCGACAGCAUGGUCCGCCACCAGGAGUCCCUGCAGGCCAAGCAGCGAGCCCUGCUACAGCAGCUGGACAGCCUGGACCAGGAGCGCGAGGAGCUGCAGGGCAGCCUGGACGAGGCCGAGGCCCAGAGGGCCUGUGUGGAGGAGCAGCUGCAGAGCCUGAGGGGCGAGAGGGAGCAGGGGCAGUGCCAGCUCCAGGCCCAGCAGGAGCUGCUGCAGAGCCUGCAGCGGGAGAAGCAAGGCCUGGAGCAGGUGACCACAGACCUGCGGCUGACCAUCUUGGAGCUGGAGCGGCAGCUGGUGGAGCUGAGGGAGCGGGAGCGGCUGCUGGUGGCCUUCCCAGACCUGCACAGGCCCAGCGAGGCCCAGAUCCAAAACUCUGGCAACGUCACGGACGACAUGGAGAGGCAAGUGCAGGCCAACGACAUCCGCAUCCGGGUCCUGCAGGAGGAGAACGGGCGGCUCCAGUCAAUGCUGUCUAAGAUCCGGGAGGUGGCCCAGCAGGGGGGCCUCAAGUGGGGAGGAGCCUCCUGGGCCCAUCUGAGCUUGGCUUUCUGUGCAGUUGAUCCCGCAGGACCAGCUCUGGUCCCCUCUCAGCAAGGGAACUCAGGGAGCAGCACCCCCGGUGCAGGCUCAGAGAGUGUCCCCAGGGCCCCUGAGCAAGGGGCACCCUCCUGGCAGCAGGACAGGCAGUGCGAGCAAGACCUUGCCAGGCCAGCCCCGAGAGGACACACUUCCGCAGCCUUGCAGCCAGCCCAGCAAGCCCUCCCUGGAGGAUGUGACCCACUCAGCCAUCUGUGCCCAGAACCCCAUCCGGGCCUUGGCCAGGCUAAGGAGGAGAUUGUCACCAGGCCGGAGCCAGGCCAGAUCUGCACACCAGCCCCAGAAGCGGCCCACGUAGCCUGCAGCAGGGCUGGGGCUGGAUGGCAGGCGGCUGGCCACCCACCCACUGUAAUAAAGCCCCGCCACGUACCCACAGCAAUCUUGGCCUCACAGCGUGGCUCAGUCGGGGGAACAGCCCUUCCUACCCUGUCCUGGGCAGGGCCACUGAGUCCCCAGCCAUGCAGGUCAUUGGCCAGCAGAGUCCUGGCACUAUGAGCCCUCAGUAAAUGGGAACUUCCUGCCUCCUUCCUGGCAGACUUAUGGAAGAGGAGAGCACACCAAGGGCAGAAAGAAGCUUCUAGUGCAGGGGCCAGGUGAAGGGCAAUCUUUCCCCGCAGCAAGGGCCAAGGGGUAAACCUGGACUCAGUGGCACCAAAGGAAAGGAGGAUCAGGGUGGAGGUGUGUGGGGAAGGGCCAGUGAGGACACCUGAGACGAGCAAGGAGUCAGAGGCUGGGACUCUGGCUCUGGGCUCACAGGCAGGCAGAGGGCAGCAACGCCCUUAGCCUCCCACCCUGGCUCUGAACCUGCUGCUGGGGACAUGAAGGGCCCAAGAUUGUCAGGCCCCCUUUCCCUAAAUGCACUCCUUGCAUUAGGAAAUGGUGAGAGUCACAAAGGGUUUCUCUAAAUCCUGGAGGUGAGAGCCCCAGAGGCCACUCAAGGCAGGGCAAGGCCUUGCACAACCAGACAGCUGGAUGCCCCAGCCAGUUCUGGCUUGACCAGGCCUGUCCUCUGGGGCCCACCCAACCCAGGAUGCCACAUGGCUGGGCACUGAUACUGCCAGCGACACCAGGCACACAGCUAUCAAGUUUUGCUAACAAAGCCUCCAGCCUGCCCUGAGUCACCUCCCCUGUGAAGGACAGGCUCCAAGACCUUGCUGAGGACUUAGGGUGCACACUCCCAGCCGCCUAUGGCAUCCUCUCUGGGUGAAGGGGCCGCCAGGCAGCAUGCCUCAGUUAACAGGCGUCAGUAAGUGCUGUGUGCAGAGCAGACUGGCACAUCCAGGUUUGCCCAACUUCUGCCUCCGAGAGGCCCCGGCCCCUCCCUCACAGGGGCGAGCCAGCUCUGAGCAGGAGGCCUGUGCCCAGGCCCAAGGGAAGGGCCCCUCCCAGCUGAGCAACUCUCUCAGGCCUCCACCAACUCUGCAUCCAUUUAUUACUUAGCUCUGAGCUCUGGAGGCCAGAAGGCACGCUCUGCAUGGCCGAGCUCUCUGCUCAGCGUCUUAGAAAGCUGAGAUCAAGGUAUCCACCAAGUUGCGUUCCCCUGCCAUGGCUCUGGGAAAGAAUCCACUUCCAAGCUGGCUCUGGUGGUUGGCAGAAUCUUGAUCCUUGUGGCUGUAGCACUGGUCCCCAUUUCCUUGCUGCUGGCCCUCAGCUCCUAGAGGCCAUCCACCUCCCUUGCCACGUGGCUCCCUCUGGCUCCAAGUUGGCAACAGAGAGCUGCUCAGGCACUGAAUGCUCCUCGUGCUUCCAAUCCCUGACUACUUCUUCCAGUAGCUGGAGAAAAGUCUGCUUUUCACAGGCUCACGUGGUUAGGUCAGGCCCACUCAGAUACUGCCUGUCUUAAGGUCAGCUGUGCCAUGUAGCACCUGAUCAUGGGAGUGCAAUCCCUUAGUCACAGUUCAGAGAUCACACAAGGCGUGUCUGUGGGGGGGGAGCAAAGGGGGGAUCUUGGGGGCUACCUUAGAAUUCCACCUACCACAUGCGGUAGAACCCAAGGUGACCUUUUCUUAAAACAUCCAUACCGUUUUACAUUUUAUGUUAAAAUAUAUCCAUG